CAGAGUUCACAGGGCGCGCGGAGGUCGUGUUGUGCUUUUGCUUUCGGCUCCCGGGUGUCCCCCAGCAGAAGCCAGUGAUGUGAUGGCUUUCCUGACUCUGUUCCUGAGAAGGCAGCUGCCGCCGGCCGCGCUCUGCCACCUGGCCCGGGCGGUGAAGCUGCUCCGGCCUCCCGGCGCCGGGCCGCCGCUCCGGAGGCUGCACGACUCGGCCCGGCAGCGGGGCGCGGAGAGGGGGCCGUGGGAGAGGACCCGAGCCCCCGAGCAGCAGCAGCAGCAGUACCAGCUCUCAGACCUCGAUAAGGCGGACGCUUUGAUGCUGAGGAAGUCUCAUGAAACAGGAUUUCUCUCGUGGUUCAGGAACGGCCUGCUGGCGACCGGGAUCGGAGUCAUCGCGUUCGUGCAGAGUGAAGUUGGACGGGAAGCAGGAUAUGCCUUCUUUCUCCUCGGAGGUGUGUGCGUGUCGUUUGGCGGCGCCUCGUACAUUGGCAGCCUCUUGGCCUUGCGGAGGAUGAUGAUGCUGUCUGUGCCAGCGCUGCUGCUCCAAGGAGCGGCGGUGGGCAGCGUCGCCCUCUUCUGGCUCUGCGCUGUAUCGCUCUACAUCGGCCGCCUGGAGGUGGAGAUCAUCCACGAGGACGAGGAGGGGGCCGGCGAGGACGAGGACGAGUGCAGGGAGUGCCGGGAGAGGCGCGAGCACCGGGGCUACCGCGCCGGCCCGGACGGCGAGGACAGUGACAGCGGGGGGCAAAACAAGUAGCGUGUGUGUGUGUGUGCGUGUGUGUGUGAGAAGAAGUGUUGCAUUGCUUCAGGGUUUUUAUUAUUUGUAUGAGAGAUUUUUGUGUGUGUGAAAGCAGCCUACGUGUGUGAGCGAAUGGUUGUAGGCUUAUUAUCGGAUAUAAAGAUUAUCAUUAUUAUCUUUAGGAAGGCUUAAAGGUGCAGUACGUAUCAUUUAUGCCAGCUAAAACUCUGAAAUGGUCAAAUAAAAGGAAGUUGCAGUCAUGUUGUUGCGCUUUAGGUGUGGAUGCUCAGCUUCCUGCAUCCAGUCUGUCCUCACCCCAGGAAACAAGACGGUAUAAAUAAUCGGCACAACAGAGGCUCUUUGUCUUUGCUAGACGGGCAAAAAAGGUGAAAAAUCUCACAAAAUCCAAAUUACUGCCACCUAAUUAUGGAAAACUAAAAGUGCCAAAAUUAAAUGAAUGAAUACACACUUUAAUAUUUCCUUAAUGUAUUCUUUUUUUUAUUAUUUAAAUCUGGGCACUUUUCGUCCUCCAUACCUAAUACACAGUUUACAUACUGCACCUUUAAAGAACUUCUGGAAAAACUGUUCAAAGAAUCUUUUUUGUUGUUUUUUUUUCGAGUGGUUUGAUUCCGCUCACCUCUGGUGAAUAAAUCAGUAGAUUAGUUCUAGUUUUUUUUUUUGUUUUUUUUUUUAAUUUUUGUAAAAUUCCUGUUUCUGUUGAGGUUUACUUUUAGCAGUACCACAUGCGGUUAUUUCUAGAGCUCAUCUUUUGAAUGCUGUUUGACUCAUCAGCCUGUUCAGUGGACUGAACUGUGAUGAUUGUUUUACUUGAAGUUUCCUUUAAAAAAAUUAAAAUAAAAAGCGGCUGGUGGCGGCGUGCUGUGAGAUCUAGAAAUAACUUGCACCCACUGGGUGUAUCAGGUGCUUCUGUCUGUAAAUCACUGAGGGAAUAGAUUGUUUUUCCUUUAAUUUAGUCUGUGUUUUAUAAAGGCAAAUAGCACUUUUACUCUUCAUCAUUGUGACUCUAGACGGUGGGAAUAAAAAGUGCAUUUCACACAGCUUCACCUGUGAUUAAAUAUAAAUACGACAAUGAUUAAAUUACAGCCCCAAACUGUGUCCAUGCAGCUGUUUUCAGUGAAUUUCUCCCCAUCUGUUCUCGUGGAUCCAUGUGUGUCAGAAUGGGAUUCACUAUUGUUUACUUUUGUUUUUUAAAGUGUGCACCAAACUGUGCAGACAGCAAUAAAGAAAAAAAAAAGAUUUGA